AUGGAUUGGGAAAACGACACCCCCACCGGCCGGCGGUUCAGCGGCAAAAUCAUGGUUUCGGCCAUCGGCAUUCUCGUGGCUGCCUGUUUACUAGUUGUCUUAUUUCACGCGUACGGUCACUGGUGUAGCCGCCGCGCUGCCCUCCGCCGCCUGCGCAGCCGCCGACAGCGGAGCAUCUCCACCUCCGCGGCGGCGAUCGGCGCUGAGUUGGGCCUCGAUGUCCUGGCCAUGAACUCACUUCCCAUGUUCAGUUACGACUCUAAAACUCGGGUACAAGGGUCGCCGCUAGAAUGCGCCGUGUGCUUAUCCGAAUUCGAAGAGGGAGAAACGGGUCGGAUCCUACCCGGCUGCCAUCACUGCUUCCACAUCGACUGCAUCGACAUGUGGCUUCUGUCGCACUGCCUUUGCCCCCUCUGCCGAACCCCCGUCCACAUCCGACCCGGUGUAGACCCGGCACACGAAAUAACCAUACCCGUUAUCGCGACGGGUCCGGAGCCUCAUUCUGGCAGCUCCUCCGCACCAGAUCCGGAAAAAAACGAAGCCGCCCCGGAUCCGGACAUUGAGUCGGGCGCCAAACCAGCCAGCUGGAUCGGGUCGUGCGUUAAACAGGUCGUCUAA